AUGCUACAGGAUCAAGGCCGCGAUGACCAGCCAGAAGAACGGUCGGCAGGGCUCUCCGCGUCGGCAUCUACGAAGCCGCAACGCAGGAUUGAGCCGCCACCGCCGGACGUGGAGGAACUCGACCUGAGCCACGUGCCGGACCGGCUGCGCGAGCGGUUCCGUCGGAUGUCGAAGAAGUAUUCAAGGGUGUGGGAUGGGACGCUUGGUGAAAUUUAUACCACAGUCCAUCGGAUCGAGUUGAUCCCCGAGACUCGUCCCAUCGCAAAAGCUCCGUACCGGGCAGGACCUAAAGUCUGCGAGAUUGAAGAUGCAGAAGUACAGAAGAUGUUAGAGGCAGGAGUGAUAGAACCAGCGCAGUUGAAAGCAGUAACGGUGAAGGACACGUACCCUUUACCGCGCAUGGAUGAGUGUCGGGACUCGCUUGGUGACACCAAAGUUUUCUCCGCGUUGGACGCGAUCUCGGGAUAUUGGCAGAUGCCUAUCCCUGAGUGCGACCGCGACAAGACCGCAUUUUCGUGUCACUCAGGUCUGUAUCGCUUCUCGAGAAUGCCCUUCGGGCUAACCAACGCGCCAGCGACGUUCUAA